GAGGAACUACAAAGGGCGAGCGACAAGCUCACGGUAGCGUUUGAGAUGUACGAUCAUGCGGUGGUCUUUGCAGAGCGGAUGCUAGAGGACAGGGGAGAUGGAAGCAGCGGGACCGCGGCCGAUGACGAAGGGUUUUUGGGUUCAGAUUCGGAAACAACCCGAUCUCUCAGGAAAUUAGGUCUAGAGUUUCAACCCAAACAUCAAUCAAUGACGAAUUUACUGCAAAAGGAAAACGUAUCAAGACGCGCACGGGGUGUAGACACCAGUUUCAAAUACAAACGCAGUGAGUCUCUGCCUUCGUUCGAUGUCAUCAACACCGUCACGAGCAAAGCUUCGAGAACGUCCAGUGAAAUGCUGCGGCAGAGAAGGACCAGUCUUACGAACAACCGACUGCAGCGCAAGUCAUCGACUGACGAUCUAACGGAGGUGAAGUUCUAAAUCCUGUCGAAGUUAACCAGCCGGCCACCUGAAUGCUACACUGGCGAUAGAAACAGCUGCUAAUUGCUAACCAAAUCAACCCUGGAGGAAUGCAACCAAAUAAUUGGGUCCAUCUAAACCAGAUUUACACUCAUAAUCAGUACACUAUUUCCAGAUUUACAAUCAUAAUCAUAAUCAGUAAAUUAAU